AUGCACUUCCGUGCUAAGCAACUUCUUCUUUUAGGGGUAACUAAUACAGUCGCUACCUCCUUGAAGAUACCAUGGGUAGACUCUGUUGUAGAGUUGAUGACAAGCGAGUUGUCUUCUGCCGUUCAUUAUAACGGGCCUAGCAGUCAGGCUCAAGGUGCCCAUGAUACUUCCUCACAUCAGCAGGUUCUUCAAGUCUCCCAAGAAUCUGGCCACUCCGAUCCACCAGAUGGGUCGCCAGAAGAUGACCCAGACAAUUCGCCCCCUACACUACCCUAUUGGUUUGAGCAUAUCAAGCACCAGGGGGUAGCUGCUUUCAACUCAAAGCCAAGCGAAUACCAGGUUUAUCGGAAUGUGAAAGAUUUUGGAGCAAAAGGUGAUGGAAAAGCUGAUGAUACUACCGCUAUCAAUAAUGCAAUUAAAAACGGCGGAAGGUGUGAGCCUGGAAAGUGCAAUUCAACCACGAUCACACCAGCCGUAGUUUACUUUCCGGCUGGCACCUACAAAAUCUCGUCUUCCAUCAUUGAUUAUUACUACACACAGCUUAUCGGCAAUCCGAACAACCUCACAAUUCUUCAUGCCACUUCAGACUUUAAAGGAUUUGGCUUGAUCGACGGAAACCGUUAUGCCGCAGGCGGUAAACUAGGAUUCGGAUCCACCAAUCUGUUCUAUCGUCAGGUUCGAAAUUUUGUUUUUGAUACCAGAAACGUGUCAGCGGAAAGCUCUGUUACCGGAAUUCAUUGGCCCACGGCACAAGCGACCAGUCUACAAAAUUGUGUCUUCCAAUUGAGUGAUGCCCCGGGUACCCAACACCAAGGCAUAUUUAUCGAAGACGGUUCCGGCGGCUUCAUGAGUGACCUAGAGUUUUACGGUGGAAACUACGGCAUGUCUCUUGGAAACCAACAAUUUACAAUGCGGAACAUCAAGCUCUCUAAUUCAGUCACCGCUAUCAAUCAAUUUUGGAACUGGGGUUGGACUUUUAUGGGCAUUGAGAUCGAGAACUGUACAACAGGACUCAAUAUGUCAAGCGGGGGUUCCCAGAAACAAACUGUCGGCUCCGUAACAUUCAUCGACAGUAUAAUUUCAAGGACAAAAGUUGGUAUAAUCACUGCUCACUCUUUAGACUCGUCGCCGAAAACUGCUGGAAACCUAGUUCUUGAAAACAUUCGACUGCACCAAGUCGACGUUGCGGUCCAAGGAGAAAGUGGAACACUUCUAAAUGGCACACCUGGUUACAAGAAGGUUCAAGCGUGGGCUCAAGGUCACCAAUAUACUCUUGAUACCGCUCCUAGAAACUUACAACAACCAUCUGAACCUUUCUAUCGACCAGAAUCUCUCACAAGAAGAGGAAGAUUCUACACCCGAUCAAAGCCACAAUACGAAAGAAUUCCACUCGACAGAUUCGUCAGUGUCCGAGACGCAGGUGCCAAAGGAGACGGCGAAACAGACGACACCCUCGCCUUAGCCCGAGUCAUCCAAAGUGCUGCCGAAAACGACCAAAUCGUCUAUAUCGACGCCGGAACCUACAAAGUAACUUCAACCAUCUACAUCCCACCCAACUCAAAAAUAGUAGGAGAAACAUAUCCCGUCAUCCUAGGAUACGGCGCCUACUUCUCCCAGCCCACCUCGCCCAAAGCUGUCCUCCGCGUCGGUAAUCCAGGCGAAGCAGGUAUCGUCGAACUCUCCGACCUAAUCCUCUCAACCCAAGGCGCAACAUCCGGAGCCAUCCUUAUAGAAUGGAACCUCGCAACCCCAGGACACACCCCCUCCGGAAUCUGGGACGUCCACACACGCAUCGGCGGCUUCAAAGGCUCUCAACUAAGCUACGCCGACUGUCCCGCAAGUCCAAACACCAUAUCCAUCAACCUCAUCUGCAUCGCCGCGUUCGCAAGCGUCUACCUCUCCCCCUCAGCAUCGGGUCUCUACCUCGAGAACGUCUGGCUCUGGGUCGCAGACCACGAUAUCGACGAUCCUGAGCUCCGACAAACCACCAUCUACGGCGGACGAGGCUUCUACUCGGAGUCCAGGGAUGGGAAUAUUUUCCUUGUGGGAACCGCGUCGGAACAUCAUGCUAUGUACCAAUACCAGUUCGCUAAUACGAAGAAUGUAUUCGCUGGGCAACUACAGACGGAGACGGCGUAUUAUCAACCUAAUCCACCUGCUACGAAGCCUUUUGAGCCGGUGGAGGGGUGGAACGAUCCGAUUUUCCCGAGAGCUUGCGAGGUGGAUGAUGGAAAUUGUCGUGGUGGAUGGGGUCUUCGCGUUUUGAAUUCUCGUGAUCUGUUAGUUUACGGCGCUGGGUUGUACAGUUUCUUCAGUAACUGCUCCACCGACUGUUCCAAAAACCCCUCCUCCCCAAAAUGCCAAACGCGAAUCUUCAGCCUCGAAGCUCGCAUCCAGAACGUCAAUGUGUAUAACCUAAACACUAUCGGCGUCAAGGAGAUGAUUAAUAUUGACGGCGAAGCGAUUGCUGAGGGCAAGGGGAACGAGAAUGUGUUUCCGAACUCGGUGGCGAUUUUUAGGAGCGACGGUGAUAAAGGGUAUGAUAGGGGGUUAUAA